ACCUCGUGUUGCCGCUGCCGAUCCUACCCUUCUCCCCUCCCCUCUGCCUCUGCGUACCACGACCAUCUCGAGGCAUAAGCCCUUUGAUCUCCAUCCUACCUCUGCCAUCACACACACACACUUUCUUGUGCAGUGCCUUCUUCAGCACCUUCCGGUCACUCGAUUAUCUUCCCCUUCCGGACUUGGCCCUCCCCCACUCGUCUUCAUCUUCUGGGAAGAAUCUGCAUAGAGACUUACCCAUUCCUUCACGCCUCGACCUCUGCCUUUGUCCCGGCAAUCCUCAUCCCUCUCACGUACAUCUUAUCGAGACGCAAUCGACUACGCUACCGAAGCAUCCCUAUCAGCACCUGUCGGGAUUCAGUCUAGAUAGACUUUCCCCUCGGCAUACCCUUCCGUCUCCACGCCUCACUCGACAAUCGCGAGUGAAGGUCCCCUUUCAAGAUGACGACCGAUACGGCUUCCGCAUCUACCUCUGCUGCCGAUGAGGCCGCCUCGUCGCUGUCCUCGAUGUCACUCAGCGGCAACCAGGACAAUCCCACACCCCCUUCCCCCGUCUCUCGUGCGGCGACUGGCGGACCACCCCGGCCGUCAGGCCCUACAUCGGCUCAAGGCCCAUCCUCUUCUACCGCAUCUGGAGGACCGCCGAUGAGAUCAGUCGGAGGAGGUGGGCCGCCUUCUCGGCCUGGAGGAGGACCACCGGGAGGAAGUGGUGGACCGAUGAAUGCACAGGAAAGGGCUCGGCAAAUGGCGGGAACGAAGCUACCUCCUAGUCUACAGGCAAAGCUUGCUGCUAAUGCGGCUCGAUCCUCAUCCUCUACUCCCUCGGCCCCCAAGGAACUGCCCAGCUAUCUCAAGUCGAAUCAAAGAAUAGAUCCCUCCUCGUUGCUAGCUCGAGGUGGACCCAGUGGUGCACCCAGCAUCGGCGGUGGAGCAUUUCCACCUUCCACUGGACCAGGCAUGAAUGGUCUGGCCGCUCGUAGGGCAGGAGGAUUUCCAGGAGGCGCAAUGCCCGGCUUUCCUGGUGCAAACGGUAGUGGUCCCCCCGGCGGAGGUCUUGCGGGAAGGAGACCCAAGCCUGGUAUGAAGUUGUCUGACAUGGGCAUCCCACCGCUCCAGUCGGGACCGUCUUCAUCGGCGGCAGCGGAUGGCGAGGCGGCGAUGCGGUCAGCUGGUGGGACUGUCAGAGCAGCUCCUCCGGGACGACUGGCAAAUGCUCCAAAGGGAGGGUCGAUGGCUUCUGCCUUUGCAGACUUUGCAGACGUCUUAGACCCCUCUGGUGCCCUCAACUUUGCUGGCAAGGCCGUUGUGCACGCCAAGGGAGUUGACUUUGGCAACGGCACCUCGUUCAAGAUCAACAUGGACGACCUCGAGCUACAAGAUGUGCUCGGCAAGGGCGCCUACGGUGAAGUGCGGAAAGUCAAGCACACCAAGACGGGCGUGGAGAUGGCAAUGAAGGAGAUUCGGCUCGAGCUAGACGCGGCCAAGCUCAACGCCAUCAUCAUGGAGCUGGACAUUCUACAUCGAGCCGUCGCUCCGGAGAUUGUGGAAUUCUACGGAGCCUUCUUUGUGGAAUCGUGCGUCUUUUACUGCAUCGAGUUUAUGGAUGCUGGGUCUCUGGAGAAUCUCUACGAUGGACCCUCGUCUGUGCCGGAAGAUGUCUUGGCACGAAUGGUGCAUCAGACGGUCAAGGGUUUGAACUUCCUCAAGGAGCACCUGCAGAUCAUGCACCGAGACGUCAAGCCUACAAAUAUUCUCGUGAAUCGCAAGGGCGAGGUGAAGCUGUGCGACUUUGGCGUCAGUGGUCAGCUGGAAAAGUCGUUAGCAAAGACGAACAUUGGUUGCCAGAGCUACAUGGCUCCAGAGCGAAUCAAGGGCGAGUCCCUGUCGAUGCCCUCGACGUACACGGUGGCCUCCGACGUCUGGUCUCUUGGUCUGACCAUUGUGGAGUGCACAAUGGGCGUCUACCCUUACCCUCCCGAGACGUACUCGAACGUCUUUGCUCAACUGCAAGCGAUUGUGCAUGGCGAUCCUCCACGCCUGCCAGACGACUAUUCGGACGUUGCGCAAGACUUUGUCGCUGGCUGUCUGGAAAAGGUUCCUGAGCGGAGAGUUACGUACAGUCAGAUGCUGCAGCACCCUUGGUUGGUGAAUGACGAGGAGAGGGGAGCAGAGGGAGUGGAUAUGAAGGCUUGGGUGGAACAGGCGCUGGUGAGGAAGGCGGAGCGGAGGAAGGAGAAUAGGGAGAAGGAGGCAGCCGUGCAGGCUCAGAGAUGAGGUCGAAACGGGUAGUCCUCUCUGGGAGAGAAGGAAGAAAGGAGGAGCGGACUGGCACGACCGUCGCCGAUGCGCUCGGGUUGGCCAUACUAGAUUGCUCGUCUCUUCCUUUGCUCCCCUCUUUCCACUGCUUCUGCGCAUCCUCUACGUCUUUGGGGGUUCUGGGUUGCAACCAGUCACAAUUGCUCUAUCGAAGUCCUCGAUCUCGCACAUUCUUUCCUCUGUCCAUCUAUCCCUCCCUUCAUCUGGCCAUCUGUACAGGUACUCAUCCACUCACUCACUCACUCAUUUGCUCAAUCAGAAGCCAUGUCAGGUUUCCUUUCCCC